AUAAAUGGUAAAAAAACAAAAGUAAGGAAAAGGCCGUAAAGAUAUUCAUUAUAGAAUGGCAAAAGAAAGUGGAUAUCGUUCCCGUGCCUGUUUUAAAUUAAUUCAAAUAAAUAAAAAAUACAGCUUUUUAGAAAAGGCUAAUGCCGUAAUUGAUUUAUGUGCUGCCCCAGGAGGUUGGUUAUAAGUAGUUUAAAAAUUCAGUCCUAUAACAUGUAAGAAAAUCGGAUUAGAUUUGGUCCCUAUUAAAGCUAUUCCAGGUGUAAAAACAUUCGUAUAAGAUAUUACUACCCCUCAAUGUUAUUAGCUAUUAAAAAAAGAAUUAAAUGGGAUAAAGGCAGAUGUUGUAUUAAAUGAUGGUGCCCCAAAUAUCGGCUCAAACUGGUAAAAAGAUGCGUUUUCAUAAACUGAAUUGACUUUAUGUGCAUUAAAAUUAGCAUGUAAUUUUCUUACUAAAGGCGGAAUAUUCGUCACUAAGGUCUUUCGUUCAAAAGAUUACAAUGCAUUAGUAUGGGUAUGCAAGAAGUUCUUCAAAACCAUUGAAGCGAACAAGCCAAAAGCUUCAAGAUUCUAAUCAGCGGAAAUAUUUUUAGUAUGUUCUGACUUUAUAGCUCCUGAUUUCAUCGAUGAUAAACUUUUCGAAAUAAAAUACAUCUUCAAAGACACUGAGGAUGAUUAUUAUACAAAUUAAGUAUAACACGAAGUAAAUUCAAUUGAUAAAAUUAUGCAAAAAAGAAGAAAAAGAGUCGGAUAUGCCGAUGAUGUUAAAUAAACAGUUUUUUAAGCGAUUCCUUUCGCAGAAUUUGUUAAUGUAAAUAACCCUUUUGCUGUUUUUUUAACACAUAAUGCUAUAUCUUUUAAUACUUAAGUUGAUAAAAAUCUCUUAAAUGUAGCUCAGGGACCUGAAGAUUGGAAAGAGUUAUGUGAAGAUAUACUAGUUUUGGGAAAAAGAGAUAUAGCUAAGCUUAUUAAAUGGAGAAACAAAAUAUAACAUUCUUAAAAAAAAUAGAGAUAAUAAUUAAAAGCAACUUCAGGAAAACAAAAUGAAGAAAAUUCUGAAAAUGACCAAAUUUCCGAAAUAGAAGAAAUAGAUGAAUAUGAGGAAAAUUCUGGAAAUGAAGAAGCUUCUGAAAAUGAUGAAAUUUCUGAAGAAGAAGAAGAAGAAAAAGAAGAAAAAGAUGAAAUUUCUAAUAGUAAUAGUGAUUUAUAGAAAGAAAUAUAAGAAGUAUAAAAGCAAGAAUUAAAUAAAUAAAGAAAACAAAGAGCUAAAUAGGCUAAAGAACUAUAAAAAUAAGCCGUAACAUCCGAAUUUGCGAAUAAUAUUGGAGACGAGGAAUUAUUUUCAGCUAUAGAGCAUAGAGAUUUAAUGAAAUUAGAUUAUAUAGACCUAGGUAAUGAAGAUGAUUAAAAAGUACCAAAGAUUUCCAAAAUAAUUUCUUUUAAAAAUAACCGAGAGCUUGAGUAGAAUCUUGAAGGUAUUUACGAAUAAAAAAAGUUAAAAUAAUAAGCUAUAAAGGCCAAAAAAAUGACCGAAAAUAAAGAAAAAGAUAUCGAACUUACUUAAAAAAAUAACAUGGAAGUAUAAGGAUUAAAUAAUACAAAUAAUAACGUAGUUUAUGAAGAAAAUUAAAUAUAAGGUUUAAUUAAAAAACGUAAAUGGUUCAAUAAUGAACUUCUAGAAGAUGAAAUGACUUCCGAAGACGAAAAAAGCAAUGAUUUAGAAAAAGGUGAACUUUUUAAUGGCAAGGAGUUUAUAAACCCACUAAAAAAAACUAACCUUAUAUCAAAAAAAGAAGACGAUGAAGAUUCUCAAUAAGAUGAUGAAAAUUAUCAUUCAUAAUAAAAUUAAUUUUUAGAUUUAAAUGAUGAUAAUAUUUAUAUUAAAAAACGUAAAUAAAAAGAUUUAUUUGAAAAUUAUGAUAUAGAUCCUAAUGAAAAAGUUCCUGGUGAACUUUCCGAUGAUGAAGCCUAUAUAAUCAAAGUCCCUAAAACUGAUAUGGAAAAAAGAAGAAGAGCAUUAAAAAGGGCUGAAAAAAAAAAACUAUUAAAACUAAUGAUGGAAAUGCAGUGCCUACAAUAGACCAUUUAGAUAAUAAGAUAGAAAUUGUACCCUAAUAAGAAGAUUUUGAUAUUGAUACAUUAGCUGAAACGAUAGCUUUGGCCAAAAAAAUGUAAAGAAAAAGAGCGCGAGAAGAUAUUAUAGACUCUACUUAUUCAAAAUAUGCAUUUGAAGAUUAAGACAAUUUACCUCUAUGGUUUAGAGAAGAUGAAGAAAAGCAUUAUUUUAAACAUUUACCAAUUACUAAGGAAGAAAUUUAAUCAGAAAAAGAUAAAAUUAUGAGCAUAAAUAGAAGAGCACCUAAAAAAAUUUUAGAAGCCAAAAUUAGAAAUUAUAAAAGAAUGGAAAAGAAAAUGAAAAAAGCUUAAAAAAGGGCAAACUUUUUAAUGGAAUAAGAAGGUAUUCCAGAAUAAAUGAAACUUAGAUAAGUUAAAUAAUUAU